GAAAUGGGAAUGCGGAUGGAGCAAUCAAUGUAACAUCAACCACCAGGUUCCUUUGCAUUUUGCAACUCGUCCGAUGUUUGGGGGCGGCACAUCGGUUUGCCCCAAUGCGGCCACAUGCCUCGCAUUCAACUCUUGCGAGUCCCCAUUAUUGGUCCCUAUCGAUAGCCAGCCGGCAGAAUGGCACGGGCGCAAAAUGGCGCCACUAUCGUUCGAUCCUCCGCACACGGGGUACAAAAUACCAACAUCAUGACCGCCAUUUGAUGAUUUGGACCCGGUCGACCACCCGACUGAUUGACAGUUUGACACCUCCAUCCAUCAGACCCAGUAGAGGAAGCCGCCCAGCUGAUGACCAAGUGAGAGAUCAGUCAAUCAUCGAGCUCACCUGGAAGCAUGUGAUUGGCAACGAUGAUCCCUUAGCGCCAUCAGUCAACGAAUUGCAUACCACUCCACCUGCAAAGGGACCAGGCUCGUCGGCGCUGAAACCGCCGUCUUAUUGCACGAUCGCUUGGCGGCCAUUCGUCCAUUCGUCCAUUAUUAUCGAUAACGAAAGGCCAAGCAGAUUGGCAGCGUCCCCGACCGCGCUGUUCUCGGAAAAUUGCCUGUUACUGCACAAUGCUUCAGCCACCAUGUACGGCUGGCGCUCAAGUAAUUCUGCAUCAAUUGUCUGGGAAUAAUAUGUUUAGCAUCGGUUGGUAUUUACCCGGAGGCCCCAACGUUGAGCCAGUACCUGGAUGUCUAGCACAUCUUCUCACGCACCCCUUAAC